CAUUCUUUUUUCCUAUCUCCUUCUGUGUGUGUUUUGAUGAAGUUCCAGUGAACGAAAACAGGACGCGCAACCCAAAACGCUUCGCGAAACACUUUUACCACGAAAAACGGCAGGUUUUCCCUCCUUUUUGCUGCAACUGAAUCAGCCCAGACGAACGAUUGGUAGCAAACAACAACAAUGACCAACUCGACGUGCGCGGCAGCAGCCUGCUCGUACAACAGGCGAAACGUGCGAAAGCUAAAGCUGGACAUUGUGUUUCACACGUUUCCGCGUGAUCCGGCACUGAAGAAGCAGUGGAUCCGGUUCUGCCGACGCGAACCGGCUUGGGAACCGAAACCGAACGAAGCCAUCUGCUCCACCCACUUCCGGAAGAAUGACUAUCAGAUGGCUAACUCUCCGCUGAUGUUGACGCACGGCGCAGGCAGCUUCCGGUUGCUCCACUUGAACGCCGUGCCAACGAUUUGGAAGGGAAAGGGUAUACCGGUCGAGAAGCAAAUGAAAAUCGACGAGAAAGCACGGCAACAGCUGUUGGACGAGCUGUACAGCAGGGACGCGUUGGUGCGAAAUAAUGACCAUUCGUAUGAGGAUGUGUACAACUUGGGCUCGAUAAAGAGUAAACUACCCAAAGCGUUGGACAAACCGGUGUACAGUUUGCGAAAGUUUCCCAAUCUGUGCACGCUUUGCUUUAAGCCGAUCGAGGACGAGAGUGCAUUCAUCCCGUUCAACUCGUACCACAACGAGCUGGAGUGUACGAUCGAGCAGAUGGUGGAAGAAAUUAUAGACGAAUCAUUCGAUCAAACGGAGAUGGCGAACAUCCAACAUCUGGUGCCGGAUAAGGUGUGCAACGAUUGUUGGGAAGCAAUCGUAACCUUUUACCAGUACCGGAAGCAGUUGAAAUGUCUCCGAAAGUUUACCACGGGCAUGGCCCACCUCGUGAAGGGAAACCGAAAACCGCUGCAAACGCUGUACGGCAAGCAAGGCCCAUACUUGGUGAAGCUGCUGCAGAGUCUUAACGUUUGCCAAGGACCGGAGGACAUGAUUACGUUUCAGCGGCUAGAGCAAGAAGUCGCCACGUACGGUCGUAUCGUGAAGAGUACCCUGUACGCACCACCAUCCUACCCACCGGCAAAUGAUGCGAUCCAGCGAACCGAUACCACCACCGCCCGCAAUGACGAUGACCACCAGUACGAGGAGCUGAUCGAUGAGGAAACGCUAGCGACCAUAGAAAGUAUGCCUUCGGUAGCGAUCACUCCGGAAGAUAGCUUAACGCCGGAACAAUUGCUGAGACCACGGGGACGGCCACGGAAGCGUGUGUAUGAUGGGUGGGACGCCAGUAUGAAGGUGAUGUGUCCGUAUCCGGACGUAUGCCACGAACGGUUCACGGAUGAAGCGGCACUGCAGAGGCACAUCAGCAACGAUCACAAACUGUUCAAGUGUCCUGCUUGCGGUGCCAAAAUCAAGUUUUACGAUCUCUAUAAAAAGCACAUCGAGAGUCACGCGAUCGCACGCGCCCUGCUGCUGUGCCACAACCAGAAAGGCUCCACCAAGAGGGAAUCGAAAUGUGGGACCUGCGGCAAAGCAUUCCAUAGCGAGGAACUAAUGCGCCGUCACGAAACGACCCAUGCCGGCGAACGGAACUUUGUCUGCGGCACCUGUCUCGGUGUCUUCCUAACGAAUCACGAGUUUAGCAACCAUCGAUGUGCGGCACUUGUGGCGAAGCAAAACGCUGCCACCGCGAAGCUGGAGACAGUCGUGCAGCAAUCGGAUGGUGUUGAAAUUUUGGAGGAGCAUUUGGAUGAUGAAUGAUGAGGAUAGUUUGCCAUUGCGGGGGAUGUAAUCCCAAAGCCAUUUUGAUCUUCUUUUUUAUCUUUGUUCGAUUCGUAAGCACAUUUAAAAUUUAGGAGGACAGCUGUGGUCAGGAGAACGUAUUGAGUGUAACUAGUAGCAGGUUAGCAGCCGAUUUCAACACGAAUAAAGCUACUUUAUGAUGUUAA